UAUAGAUACGCGAGUUUGGAUCCUCGUGUGGUUGAAGCAAAUCGCCUUUCUUGUGGUUCUGUCGGUUUUGCAUUAUCCACUGCUCGGUGACCACCCACGCCGGUUUUGCAUUCGCUACAACUGCUUUUCUCUUUGUACUUCUUCCAUUCUCUGAUGCAAAUAUUGUCUCAUAAGCUUUUCGAAAGGCAUCUCUAGGCUGCGUUUAACUCGGAAUCUGUGACGCUUUAUCCUCGUGCUUGUACCUCUAGGCUGCGCUUAACACGUAAUCUGUGACGCUUUAUCCUCGCGCUUGUGCCUUUUGCAGUUUCGUUGACGCAGGGUUCUGGAAUGGAGAGUUAGGGAGGCUGUGGUAGUCAAAGCCAAGAUUGGAAGUAGCAAGGAUUAGUAAUCGAUUUCAAUGGAAGCUCCGGUGAGGCAGCAAAGCUUGCGCCGGAAAAAGAUAACGAAACAGUUGACGGGAAAGAGAGAUGACACUCCUCUGCACUCGGCGGCCCGAGCGGGGAAUUUAGAAGCAGCUUUGGAACUGUUCUCUAACAGUGGAGAUGUGGCGUUGAAGGAAUUGUUAUCCAAGCAGAACCAAGCGGGUGAGACCGCCCUUUAUGUUGCUGCUGAAUAUGGGUAUGUGGAUUUGGUGUCGGAGAUGAUAAAGCACUAUGAUAUUGAGUCAGCUGGAAUCAGAGCAUGCAAUGGUUUUGAUGCUUUUCAUAUUGCUGCUAAGCAAGGGGAUUUGGAGGUACUGAAGGCACUUAUUGAAUCCAUUCCAGAACUAAUAAUGACAUUUGAUUUGUCAAACUCCACGGCUCUGCAAACUGCUGCAGCACAAGGUCAUGUUGAAGUAGUGAAUUUCCUUUUGGAGAAAAAUAGUGGCCUAGCCACCAUAGCACGAAGCAAUGGGAAAACUUCCUUGCAUUCAGCAGCGAGGAAUGGACAUUUGGAGGUUGUGAAGGCCCUCUUGGGCAAAGAACCUGGAAUUUCGUCUAGGACUGAUAAGAAGGGUCAGACGGUGCUCCACAUGGCAGUUAAGGGGUUGAGUAUUGAACUGGUGAAUGAGCUUAUUAAGGCAGAUCCUUCUUUGAUAAACAUGGUUGAUACCAGAGGGAACACUGCAUUGCACACGGCAACUCGGAAGGGUCGGGCUCAGAUUGUUAGGAAGCUAUUAAAUUAUGAGGGUAUUGAAACAAAAACCAUUAAUAAAGCUGGAGAGACUGCUCUUGACACUGCUGAGAAAAGUCUGCAAUAUGAGAUUACAACCAUCCUGGAGAAUCAUGGAGUCCAAAGUGCUAAAUCUGUCCAACCGCAGACAUCAAACCCCGUUCGAGAACUGAAGCAAACUGUAAGUGACAUAAAACAUGGUGUGCAUGACCAGCUUGAGCACACCCGGAAAACAAGAAAACGUGUGCGAGGUAUUGCCAAGCAACUCAACAAAAUGCAUGCAGAAGGGCUCAAUAAUGCCAUCGGUUCCACCACACUUGUUGCAGUCCUCAUUGCAACGGUUGCCUUUGCUGCUAUUUUCACACUUCCAGGCCAGUUUGCUGACAAGCCAGAAAAUGUCCCUCCUAAGCUCUCUCUUGGAGAAGCAAAUAUUGCUCCAACAAUUGAGUUUCUGAUUUUCUUCAUAUGUGAUUCCUUUGCUCUUUUCAUAUCAUUGGCUGUUGUGUUGAUUCAGACUUCUAUCAUAAUUGUGGAGAGGAAGGCAAAAAAGCAAAUGAUGGCAGUUAUUAACAAGCUAAUGUGGUUGGCUUGUGUAUUUGUUUCGGUGGCAUUUCUUGCAUUAUCCUAUAUCAUUGUGGGAAAAAAAGAUAGGUCGUUGGCUAUUGGAGCAACUGUUAUUGGGACAGUAAUCAUGGCAGCGACACUCGGGACAAUGUGUUAUUGGAUAAUUGCUAACAAAAUUGAGGCCUCCAAAUUGAGGAGCAAUCGGAGGUCCUCCAUGAGUAGUAGAUCACUCUCAUAUUCUAUAUCAGUUAUGUCAGAUUCAGAUAUAGCAGAAAAUAAGAAACUCUAUGCAAUUUGAGAUAACACAGAGUCAUGUGUCACUUCAGGCCUCUUCCCUCCUAUAAUUUGGGGGUCCGUCCCCUUCUGUGUGUCUACUAUGUAACAUAGUUAUGACUUCAUCUUAUCUUUCAUUCUCGUUGAUGCAAGCAGCUGUUGAUUGUUUGUUCUGCCAGAUGACUUGUAUACAUAGUUAUGACUUCAUCUUAUCUUUCAUUCUCGUUGAUGCAAGCAGCUGUUGAUUGUUUGUUCUGCCAUAUGACUUGUAUACAUAUGUGAAAGAAGCAGAGAAUGAUAAUUUUGUAAUUUGGAAAUUUAAGGAGAAAUCAAUUAAUUAGUCA